AUGCUGGGCCUGAGGAAGAAUCACCCUGGACAGAUGCCCAAACCCAAGAGGCCUGGUCCAGCUGGCCUUUCUAAGUCUCAAGUACAAACCGAUGAUGGAUGGAAAAAACAGCGGGUGGAAUCUAAACACAGGCCGGACUACGGUAAAUUUCAGCUCAUUGCAGGAAGAUUUUACAGAGACAAAGAAAAGGACAAAGGUCUCCAGACCAGCGAAGAUGCCAAGUUUUAUGCCCUCUCAACCAGGUUUAAACCAUUCAGCAAUGAGAACGAGACCUUGGUGGUUCAGUUUUCAGUAAAAUACGAGCAAGGCAUUGAUUGUGGUGGCAGGUAUGUGAAACUCUUUCCUGACACCUUGAACCAGGAGGAUAUGCACUCUGAAUCCGAGUAUUACAUCAUGUUUGGCCCUGACAUCUGUGGCUUUGGCAACAACAAAGUAGGAGCCAUCCUUUGCUAUCAAGGGAAAUACCAUGAGAACAACAAGACUAUCAAGUGCAGGGUGAAUCAUAAAGACACUCACCUGUACACUCUGAUUAUCCGCCCUAAUGCUACUUAUGAGGUCAAAAUAGACAACCAGCAAAUAGCAGCUGGGGAUCUGGAGAAUGACUGGGCCUUCUUGCCUCCCAGGAAGAUCAAAGACCCCUAUGCCCAGAAACCAAGGAAAUAUGAACGUCUGCAAAUAGAGGAUCCUGAAGAUAGGAAACCUGAGAUCAGAGGCGACACUGAAUUCAUCCCAGACCCGAAUGCCAAAAAGCCAGAAGAUUGGAAUGAGGCAAUGGAUGGGGAGUGGGAAGGGCUUCUGAUACCAAACCUGAAGUAUAAGGGACAAUGGAAACCCCAGAUCAUUGACAAUCCCAAUUACCAGGGGGAAUGGAUUCAUCCAGAAAUAGACAACCCUAAAUAUAAGCCUGAUCCCACCAUUUGUCACUAUUAUGACAUCAGUGUCCUCGGCCUGGACCUUUGGCAGGUGAAAUCAGGAAGCAUCUUUGACAAUUUCCUUCUUACAAAUGAUGAAAAGUUUGCGGAAGUGGUUGGAAAUAAGACCGGAGGAAUAAGAAAAGACAUAGAGAAGCAAUGGAGAGAACUGCAUGAAGAAAUGGAAAAAAGAAAACAACAAGAAGAGGCCAAGAAGAAGAAUGAAAAAGAGAAGGAAAGGGAAGGUGACAUCGGGGGGACUGAAGAAGAGGGAAGUGAAGAGGAUUCAGCUGAGGAAUCAGGAACUAACAGGCAGCUGAAGGAAGAUGAUGCUGAAAGAGCAUUUCUGGAUAAACAUGCAAAAGUCCACGUUGACCAGAAGGAUAAACUGUAACUGGGUAAAAAGUGGUUACUGCUCAGAGGCAAACCAUAUUGCUUAGAAGGAAAAAUGUUCAUGAAGCUGGCAAAAUCUGGGUCGCAAAAUAACUUGCUCUUUGAAUGAACAUUAGAUUUAUAUUUCUGUCCCAUCUCCUUUGCUCUGUAUGACUUUGGGAAAGGUGCAUCACCUCUUGGGUCUUUUAUUUUCUUAUCAAUGGAAAGGGAGUGAUAAUUCCUAUUUUAUAAGGUUGUCAUAAGGGUUAAAUUAGCUAUGUGUGUAAAGUGCCUGAUAUAAAUACAGUCAACAAAUAGUAGCUCUUCCUACUUAUCAUCAUGAUAUUUAUGAAAUUAACAGUGAAAAAUCUUCUGUAUACACAUGAACCUCACUUUCAAUUUAUUCCAGUAU